UGCUAUUGAUGUUGCAGGACCUACCUUUUUUGUGGUUUAUGGUUUCAGGAUCAGCUCUCGUCUCUUGCGGAGACGAGAAAAUGCUUGCAGGGAUUGGACCAUGCACGCCUUUGUAUGGAUCGUUUUUUUUUUCGUUUUUUUCAUACGAUGUCAAAAUUCACUCUAUUGUGAGUUUGAUGCGGCGGGGAGCGAGGAGGUGAUCGAUGGCAUGCCUGUUCCUGAAUAAAGACCAGGGAGGUGGUGGAUGACUCUCUGGGGAGCGGAUUCGUCUGGGCCUGGAGUGCGAGGGAAUUUGGUCGGCAGGUAAACUUGAUGUCGCCUCUCCUAAUACCUGUUACGGGGUUCGAUCUGGAGGCUACGAAUGGGUUGGAUUGGGUUCAGGAGGAGGGGCCUUUGGGUUUUUUCUUCCGAUGUGGGACGACGUUUAUCGUUGCGCAUGGGUAACUAGGCAGGGCUAGGAAACAUGUGUGGCGGACAGGUCGAAUAGGAGUGGGUGCAGUUGCGAUGAUGUCUUCGUUGUUGUUAGAUGAAGUGUGCAUGGCCAUGUGUUGAAGAGGACUAGGAAGGGAGAGGGAGGAAGAGGAGUAUAUAGUGGGAGGAACGAGCGUCUUUUGCAUCUUCCGUCCAUUCUCAAUGCAUGUUUUCAAAUCUCCUGUCGGCAUCGCGAUGGGAGGCACUUUGAAGACGAUCAGGGAAGCACAUGUGGAUGGAGAGAGGGCAAGGUUACUUGCUCGUUGCGUUAGUACUUUUUCUGCAUGCCUGAGAGCUGUUGGUCUGUUGUUGGUGUCCUAUUGCUCAUGUCGAGCGCUUUACGUAUCGAAUCUGCUAUAGUGUUGUAACUGCUUGCACGACAGGAAGCCUGAUUUUAGGAGAGGAGAGAUAUCUGUGGUUGGAAAGGCGGAUAUAGAGAUUGCUUUGUUAACUACGACUGUUUGUGUGCUUGUUCGGGCAUCUUGCCGUUGCGAUCGUCUCUAUUUGAGAGAGCAUGCGCGCGCGUGCAAUAGAAAUACAUAGCGAGGAAGGAAAAGAAAUAGAAUUUACGAGCCUGGGUUGGUGCUGGUCGUCCUUGCACAUGCAUCUCUUCUGUUUUGGUGAAAGUGUUUGCCGCCUCCUUGAAGCCUGUACAAAUUAUGAAGUGGUUGAAUCAUUAUGUUGCAGUCAACAAAAACUUACUGUAUGGGGUUGGUAUUUGAUGUCCUUCCCUGCGAAAAGAAGGAGAAUGUCUUGCGCAAUUGGGAUUGUUCUUGUCGUGUGCGAAGGCAGGCCGCAGAGCAGGCGGGUAAAUAAGCAACCUGUCAUUUCAGUUGUGUUCCUGUUUCGCGCCAAUGAGGAACGGGGGCAGAGAAGAUCGCUGGGAACAAUGUUUGCUGCAUCGAAUGGCUGGGAUGUGCUUUGUGUUUCGAAGAUGCUUCGUAAUCGAUGGAUGGGAUGUGAAGGCCGGACCAGACGAGUAAGUAUAUCAGUUUUACGGACACGUAUACCCGCAUUCGUAUCCGAUGGAAACCUGUGUUGUGCAUGCUUGUAUGUUUGAGAGCUUUUUUGCGCAAAAACUUUCCACUCCUUUCCAGAGAUCCAGACUGGUAAGUUUUUUGGCACAAGCAUUAGACUGUCCUUUUUGUAAACGUAAAGGAUCUCGCAGCUGUUCCGUUUCGAUCAUUUCAUUGUUUCGGUUCGAAGCGUUGCCAUCUCUUCGUUCGUACGUUGGUGUUAUGCAUGCUUGCAUGUGUGAGAGCUUUUUUUUGCAAAAACUGUCCACUCCUUUCCAGAGAUCCAGACUGGUGGCAGAAGCAUUAGACGGAUACUCCUUUGUGAACGUAAGUGAUCUUGAACCCCAUUCCGUUCGAUCAGUUCAUUGUUUCGGUUCGAAGCGUUGCUGUUCUCUUCGUCCGUACGGUGGUGUGUCUGCCUUUGCACCCCCCUGGAGGGGAAAGUGUGUGAACGAGGUUAUCAUUAGGCUUCUCUUCGUCUGUACGGUGGUGUGUCUGCCUUUACACCCCCCCCUGGAGGGGGGACGUGUGUGAACAAGGUUAUCAUUAGGCUUCUGGGAAAUAUAUUGUUGGGAACUCCGCUGGCUCUGGAGGAGGGGAAACUUUGUCUGUGAUUGGAGUUUUGUGUUCCUGCUUGCGUGCUUGCUUGCUUUUUGAACGAACAUGCAUUUUACGGUCAAUCCUCUCUAUCUUAUCUAUGCUACUAUUAAAAUUUCUGUACUAGUUGUUUGCCUGCUUUCGUUCGUUACCUUCUCUCUACCUGGACUUGUUUGCUUUUGCUUUUGCUUGCUUGCCUGCUUGCGAUUUGAGUGGACAAAUGCCCUUCCUGAUCGUCUGUUUGUGCUUCUGCACUCUCUUUUCCGAAGGGGCCCUUGUUCUUCCUGCACUUGUGUACAGCUCGCUUUGGGUUCCUAGGGGAUAUCUAUCUAUCUAUCCAUCUAUCUAUCUAUCUAUCUAUCUAUCUAUCUAUAUGCAUGAAAUAUGUUUCUUGCCUGCACUUGUUUGCUGCUUUGCUUGCUUGGUCGCUCCAUGAAGGAAGUUUGAGUUUCUUAAGAGGUUGAUGUUUCCUAAUGCAGUCUCGGUUGAUGUGCUUUCCUUUAGCUACACGAAGGCACGCUGGCCUUCGGCCCAAUCCGUUUCCCCUGUCGGGAUGAGAUGUACUGGCAAUAGAAACGGGACCAGUGGCUGGCUGUUCAGUUAGCGAACAAGCGUCGACUGUUUCUUGGCAUUGCGAUCUUGCACGCUGUACACCGCUUUUACAGGAAACGACUAGUAGAACACAUUUCUGGACAAAUGGAUAGGGCGGAGUGCGUCCGACUGGCGUGGGGAGUUGUGGUGAGAAUCUUACACCGUCUGCAAUUGUGAAAGGUGAAACUUUCCAAGGUUUUGCUUGUGUUUGCCGACGAAAGUGGUAGAAACUUGUGUUGCCUAUUGAUUCGCAUUAUUAGUAUGUGCUGCAUGGAACUGGGGAUUGAUGAUUCCUUGGCGUGGUGAGGUGUAGGGGAAGUACUUGUUUAUACUACUAAUAGACAUUGGGAAGUUUAGUAGACGGGCAGGUGUGUAGAUUAGAGCGUUGUGUUAUAAGCGAAGUUUGCAGUGUUUGCUUGAGGUAUCACAAUGGCUGAUUUCUUUUCUUUAAUGCGAAGUGAGUGUGCAAAAGAG